ACAACAAUAAAAUAUUUAAUUACAAAAAAGAAAUUAAUAUUGAUUGCAAAAUUCCGCAAAUACCGGAAGUUAUUAAUUAUUUAAUUAAUUGUUUACUAAAGCAAAGUGUAACGAAAAUUUCAUUAAACAAAAAUAUAAAGUCAUUAAUCAUCGAUAAUUAAAAAUUUAAAAAAAAUUUUGCUUUUCAAAAUAAGUUUGUAAUGUUGGAUUUCUUGCUUUAAAUUCUUCCUGUAGACAUUUGACAUUUGUUUUAGUUGAGCUUGCUUGUUCAACACCUCAAUUAACCUGUUACAUCCUGUAAAUUCCUGUUUGGUGUUUUUGUGGUUUCGUAGUAGUUGGAAUCCUUAAAAAAAUCCAACACUUAAUCUUCAUUACCUUUAGCAGCAGUUAAGUGGAUUAUUUGUAUAUGUUUUAGAAAAAUAUAGACAUGUUAUCAACAAGAUAAAACCACUGCUGAAACCUUUUUAAGAACCUACUUCAAUAACCUCAGACAUGGCUUCACCCAUGUCACCCACCAUUUAUCGACAAGGACCACAAACUGGUCCUUCGAAUGCCAAUGUCUAUCAGCAGGUGCCGACGAAACACUACAACAUGGGUACCGUGCAAAAUAUGGCCGAACGUAGUCGUCUCAUAGAACUACUAAGAGCCCCCAAUAUACUCACCUCACCCACCAUGGAACCACCCUCUAAGGGUUUACUCAAUGGACCAGGACAAAAUAAUUGUUUUCUCAACUGUGCUGUACAGGUAAGUCUUGUUGCUACAUUACAUCCUUUAAAUUUUCCACAUAAAUUUCAUGAUGAUCUAUUUAGUAAGUAUUUACAUCCUUAUUACCACUAUCGUUUUUAUUUUGUUGCUCCACUUGACUCCAGCAAUUAUCAUUAUCAGAGAAAUUUCUCCGCCUAAACAUAACUUUUAAAUAACCAACAACUAAGUAUCAACCAUUAAACGUACCGUUUUGAAAACUUAAUAAAAUAAUUAUUAAAUUUUCAACACCAGGAUAAGAAAAAAAGAAACAAAAACAACUGCUACUACUAUUACUUCUACUAAUUUUUUUGUUGUCAAUGUUUUUGAACUAUGUCUUGGAGACACCAAGACGGAAAAAUAACAACAUCAAUUUCAUGGCAAGAAUUUCAACAGCAUACUCGUGUUCGAAGCAAACCGAACAACUAUGAACAACAUUCGAAAUUAUUUGCCAAUUCAUUUCAGACUUACGUUCAUUCUUACAUUCAUAUAGAAAAUUGAUUCGAAUUAAUGACAGAAGCAGCAAAGCAAAAAAAAAUAAAACGAAAUUAAUAUAAACAUCACUGAAACUGAAUUAAGUGAGUGAGCAAAAAAAAUAGUCAGGGAUUUAAAGGAAUAUAAAUUUCGUAAUAUAGAAAACUUUUAUAUUCUUUACAGGAAAAAAUUUUCUAAAAAAAAAGAAAAUUUAAGAACAUUUUAUGUAUAAUAGUUUUUCUUAGAGAAAAAUUUAUGUA